UGUGUCGCUAUGCACUUUAUAUACAGACAUGCUCAGAGGAAAGUAAAACUUCCAGUGGUUUGUUAUUAUAGUAAUAGUGCGCUGUUUGUUGUGGAUACCUGAAAUGGCAACAAAUACAGUACUGGUUAUCAUCAUCAUCAGCAGCACUUGAGGACAUUUCUGAAAAGACGCACUAAAGCGAACAAAUCGAUGACUAUCCAUCCAUUACAGUUUUACAGUACGUCGAGUAACUGACUGCUUACGGUUACUAUGGUAAAGCUGUGUGGAGGACCUGACAUUAAACUGUGUGGACUGACUGCUCGUUAAUGUGGAAUAUUUAUACUUAAAUUAUAUUCAUGUUAAACCCAACGAUUAGCAGACUGUUUCACAUAGAGAGAGUUGGAUAUAACUUCCGUCUUUCUUCAGUAUAUGUAACCCUGUGAGAUGGAUAAGUAUGAGAAACUGUCUAAGAUUGGUGAAGGCUCAUAUGGAGUGGUGUUCAAAUGCAGACAGAGGGACACGGGUCAGAUAGUGGCCAUUAAAAGGUUUGUGGAGUCUGAAGAUGACCCAGUCAUCAAGAAAAUAGCACUGAGAGAAAUCCGCAUGCUGAAGCAACUGAAGCAUGUGAAUCUGGUGAACUUGCUGGAGGUCUUCCGGAGGAAGAGACGUCUUCACUUAGUCUUUGAGUUUUGUGAACAAACUGUACUCAAUGAACUAGACAAACACCCACGAGGUGUUCCUGAAGCACAACUCAAGAAUAUUGUAUGGCAAACUCUACAGGCUGUGAACUUCUGCCACAAACACAAUUGUAUCCAUCGAGACGUGAAGCCGGAAAACAUUCUUCUGACCAAGACCGGUGUGAUCAAGCUUUGUGAUUUUGGCUUCGCUCGCAUCCUCACUGGUCCAGGUGAUGAUUACACAGAUUACGUGGCGACUCGCUGGUACCGAGCUCCUGAGCUUUUAGUAGGAGAUACUCAGUAUGGUCCACCGGUGGACGUGUGGGCCAUUGGUUGUGUUUUUGCAGAGCUGUUAUCUGGAAAUCCUCUCUGGCCAGGACGUUCUGAUGUGGAUCAGCUGUUUCUCAUUCGACAAACGCUGGGUGACUUGAUCCCACGACAUCAACAGGUGUUCCGGUCCAAUGUCUUCUUUAGUGGAGUCAGCAUCCCUGAGCCCGAUACCAUGGAGCCACUGGAUAAAAGGUUUCAUGGUCUUUCUCCUCAUGCUGUUACUGUCAUGAAGUCCUGUCUAGUAAUGGAUCCCUCUGACAGACUGUCAUGUGAAGAACUCCUAGAGCUACCAUACUUUCAAGAGGAAGGAGGAACAUGCUGCGGCAGAGAAGCGGAUCGUCCUGGAAGACGUAAUGAGAAAGGCUCUAGACGCAGAGUCACAGGGCCCCAGUACUUUCCACAGUUGAUCAACAGCAACAUCUCACCAGCACCUGAACUGAAGAAUAAACACAGAAACAAAAAUGACCAUCGUUUACCCAACAUCUGAUAAUGACACCAGAGCAAAUGUGUUUGGCAGGCAAAAAUGCCUAUAAAAGACAUCUAUAGAUGUAAAGCACCUCAAGAAGACUAUAUUAAUUUUACUUUAUAAAUACCUGUACAACCUCAUUCAUCUUUCUCUCUCUCAUUGGCUGUUGAUAAAAUUCUUAUCAUAUGUAAUCAUCCAGAUUUAAAAUCCUAAAUAUCAAACAUGUUUGAUGGGAUCAGGGCAUCCCAAUUUUGCUUGCAUUCAUUUCAGUAAGUAUAAGAUUUGAUCUGUAAUCAUCACACAUUACAUGAUAAUUUAAGCUUGAUGGUUUUUUGCUUGUUGGUUUACCUUGAUGGAUAUGCAUGUCUUGGGUCACUUUGAACUAAAAUUUGCCUAGCAGAAAGUGCAGCACUAUAUUGUGUUUUAAUGGUAAUCAUUUAAAUGUAAUUCAUCUUGAAGUUGCAGUAAGUUGCUGCCGUACAGUAUGUACAUUUACAUUAGCUUACUAAAGAAAGUGCCUAGUUUUUCACUGCUACAUUACAGUAACCUAAGUGGAUUCUUUGAGUAACUGUGAUGUAGCAUUUGAUAAUUUUUACUAUAAAUACAUCAGAUAAUAUGGUUUUAAAACAAAAGUACUGGUGUUACUUUCAGGACAAAUAAAAUAAAUAACAUUACAAAAA